GUUAAGACGCUGCCAAGAGGAUAUUAGCUAUUUGUAUUCAUACUGACUUGGUAUUGUGCACCUGUUUUAAAACUUAUCUUUUUCCAAACAUAUGAGACUUUCUCCUAACUUAACCUGAUUAUAUGACCCCUUAGGUGAAGAGUGCGCUAAGUCUGUAAAGUACUACAUUAACGAUGGGGGAUUCGGUUCCUUUGGCGAUGUUUUCAUUGCAACUUUACUCAGAUGGCUUUUCCAUACAAGCAGAGUGCGGGGCAGCACCUGUACUCCAGCAGUGUCUGGGGUCCCACCUGUGCAGUGGAGGAUCUGGUAUCCAAUCAGACUCAGCUUCCUGAACUGCAGGUUGGCGAUUGGCUAAUCUUUGAGAACAUGGGCGCUUACACUGUCUCACUCGGCACACAGCUCAACAGAUUUUCCAUUCCCAGAGUCCAUUUCUGCAUCUCCAGCAAAAUCUACCACUGGGUUUUGGAGAAGAAAAUGGCUGCUACCUUGUUGUAAUUGCUCUGGAGGACUUUGUGGUCAAGAGCUGUCUGCUCCCCUGAUCAUUAUGAAAUAGAAGGGAGUGCGAGAGGCUAAACGCAAAGCCCCAGCCCCCUGCUCUCCCCUGUAUUGCAUCAAUGCAGUUUUUAUCUUUUUGUAUGUUUUUAGUGCAUUAGCAUGGUUUUUAAGGACUUUUCCACUGCAAAGUAAAACCGUUAUAAAAACAGCAUGCUUAACUGAUAGCCCGAGGGAAACGUAUGCAAACUCACCAUAGUGCUUUUUUUUCUUAAGGGUUAAUAUUCAAAUCUACUGCUAUGGAUUCUAGUCAGUAUCUUCCUGUGUCAACUCCCUAUGAUGAACACAUUGGAUGUACACUGGAAUGACAUUAAAAAAUGCAAAAAAUAAAAACUUCUCAUCCUCAGAUGUUUAUUUUUCUGUUUACUUGGUAAAAUCGU